UGAGAGAUCCACCUCUUCAGAUCCCUGAGAUCCACCUCUUCAGACCUGUGGUUCACAUCCUUCAGGCUCCACCGACUCUCACUGGGAUUGGAUCUAUGUGUUCUUCAUUCUGUGGAGGGGGACAGGAUGAGUUGUCCUCCCGAGCUUCUCUGCUGACAGGACUGAAGGAGCUGCAAACCUCUGAGCCUUGAAGAAACUUUAGUAUUUGACCUCUUCCAGGAGAUGUUAUCGUCAUUAACACUCUGGACCUAAUAGUUGGAAACAUUUUGCGUUUUUAUCGGCCCUUGGAUUGACUUUAUCUUUUAACUGUAUUGUUUUUAACUUGGCAGCUGAAACAUGGCACUUUAUUUAGAAGGUCUGAGCAAAGGAGUGGCCAACGGAGGGAUGGCUCAGUUCCAGGAAAUGAUGCGGCAGCAGCUGGAGAGCUCCAUGCACACGGAGCUGGAGAAACUGCUGGACACCACCACGGGGGCCGAGAGAGAGGUGUCCAGGAAAGACUUUGAGGGCUUCAAGAAUCUUUUCCACAGAUUUCUGCAGGUGAAGGGGCCGUCGGUCGAGUGGCUCAAGAUACAAAGACCUCCAGAGGAAUCGAUCCAGCCCUAUGAUAGGAUCGAGGCUCGCGGCCUGCCGGACAACGUGGCCGACUGUCUGAACAAGCUGGUGGUGGUGAAGCUGAACGGAGGCCUGGGCACCAGCAUGGGCUGCAAGGGCCCCAAGAGCCUGAUCAGCGUCCGCAACGAGAACACCUUCCUGGACCUCACUGUGCAGCAGAUAGAGCACCUGAACAAGACGUACAACACGGACGUGCCCCUGGUUCUCAUGAACUCCUUCAACACAGAUGAAGACACAAAGAAGAUCCUGCAGAAGUACACGCACCACCGCGUCAAGAUACACACCUUCAACCAGAGCAGGUAUCCUCGCAUCAACAAGGAGUCGCUCCUGCCUGUGGCCUCCAGCUUGAACAUUAACGGCCAAAGCACAGAAGGCUGGUACCCUCCGGGCCACGGCGACAUCUACGCCAGCUUCUACAACUCGGGCCUGUUGGACCAGCUGAUCCAACAGGGCAAGGAGUACAUCUUUGUGUCCAACAUCGACAACCUGGGGGCCACCGUGGACCUGCACAUCCUGCGCCACCUGGUCAGCCAGCCCAACGGCAAGCGCUGCGAGUUCGUCAUGGAGGUGACGGACAAGACGCGCGCCGACGUCAAGGGCGGCACUUUGAUCCAGUACGAAGGAAAACUGCGUCUGCUGGAGAUCGCUCAGGUGCCCAAGGCCCACGUGGACGAAUUCAAAUCGGUUUCAAAGUUCAAGAUCUUCAACACCAACAACCUGUGGAUCUCUCUGUCUGCCAUCAAGAGGCUGCAGGAACAGAAGGCCAUGAACAUGGAGAUCAUCGUCAACCCCAAGACUCUCGACGGCGGACAGAACGUCGUCCAGCUGGAGACGGCGGUCGGCGCGGCCAUCAAGAGCUUCGACUACGCGCUGGGGAUAAACGUACCUCGCAGCCGCUUCCUGCCCGUGAAGACCACGUCCGACCUGCUGCUGGUCAUGUCCAACCUGUACAGCCUGGACGCCGGCUCGCUCACCAUGAGCCCCAGGAGGGAGUUCCCCACGACGCCGCACGUCAAACUGGGCAGCUCCUUCACCAAGGUUCAGGAAUACCUGACUCGCUUCGAGAGCAUCCCCGACAUGCUGGAGCUCGACCACCUCACCGUGUCUGGAGACGUCACGUUUGGAAAAAACGUUUCACUCAAGGGCACCGUCAUCAUCAUCGCCAACCACGGCGACCGGAUCGAUAUCCCCGCCGGCUCCAUGCUGGAAAACAAGAUCGUGUCCGGUAACCUGCGCAUACUGGACCACUGAGGCCUUUCUCCACGCCGCCUUUCUCCACGCCGCCCCCCCCCCUCCCCUAUCAUGUGAUCCUGUUUGUUUCUAUCCCAGUCAUGUGACCCACAAGGACAGGCUGUGUGCAGCGCUGCUGGACGUGUUUGUAGCUUGCAUAUACUGCCCCCUACAGGCUCCUUAGGAAUUAUAUCAAAGGUUUAUGUUAUAUAUCGAAAUAAUCACAGCUGUCACUUUACAUAAAGACAUUUAUAAGACAUAAGAGAAAACAAGAGAUUUUAUCGUAUUUUAGUUUAGUCCGUUUCCUUAAAUCUGCCAUAAACAGCUAUUUAGUAAAGACACUCAUAAAACUGAUGACAUCAUCAUUAUUUGUCUCACAGAUCUUAACAAGGUGCGACGUCCUCUGUUCUUAACCCUCAGCAAGAAUCAGGAAAAACUACAGAAAUAAUCAUUAUUAUAUACAAAUAAUUGAAAAUGUUGAAACACGCGGAUCUGACGAUGUUGAAGUGAAGAUCUGCAGUAAAACCAGGAGGCUGAUGGGAAAUCGUCUGAGGAGCUUUUUAAACAUCCUGCUCACGAACAAACGACCAGAGAUGAAAACGUUUCGUCUCUGUAGCUUCUGGACUAACGACUUUUAUUCAGGCGACGUAACGACUGCGUGAAGUUUUAUGUAAUAAAAUAAAAGAUAUAAGAUGUAAAGUGAAGGCUUCCCUGUUCAGACCCGCUGUGACGUAGGAAAAACAAACCACCCCGUGCAUUACGUUGUUUUGUCCAGUCUGUUCACAUGUUGACCUUCACGUUGUGUGAAACCUCGUGCCUCCAUCAGUGUCUCACGUCCUUCUGCCUUUUAGCCUCACACGAGCACCACAGGUCAUUUUAAAACAAACGUGUACAUACGCAGAGUUUCAGAGAGGAAGAUACUUGAGAUGGAGACUGAAAGCAAUAAGUGUUGAUCUGUGACGAGGUCUGAAUCCUCGGAGCUGAAUAAAGUGCAAUAUGAAAUACUGA